UUGUCUCCAGACCUCCAGUGCUUCAGUGCGCUUCGCUUCUGUUUUACCAGCUGGAUUGCGCGUGUCCCUCAAAAGGUGCGUCGGUGGGAGUGUGUGUAUGUGUGUGUGUCAGAGGGUGUCCGUGUGUGUGUCUGAGAAGUGCUGAGACCAAAGCACUGCGUAUUUGUGUGAAACAUAUUCUGUGGACUGAUGCCCUCUGCUUCUCUAAACAGGACACACAGAUUUACCUGCUUAACAGAGACAAGGCAUCUUUUACCAUAUAUGAACUCCUGAAGGGUGAUUAAUAACAUCAGGUUAGAGGGUAACCAAACAACCAAAUAAACAAAGCCAGAUGGAAUUCUAGCAACUUAAUUUUCCCAGCUGGGCAGAUCCCUGUGCUUCCAGAUCUCCUGAGAACUGGACAGGCUUUUAACAGGAGGUAUCUUAUCUUUGAUGUUAGGAUCUGCAGGCUCAGAUUGAUCUAGUGCUCAAUUGCUGAGAAGUGUACAGGAGCCUUUGCCAUCAAGGCUGCAUCUUGAGGAACAAAGAAUUCUGGGAAACUGACAAAACUGGACGUGAGCUGCUGAGGAAGGCAGGUGCACGUGACAAAAACAAGGGAGAAGAAAGUGAAGUGCAUGAUGAAGACACAGAGCAGAGGUCGUCUGGGAGGAGUGCCCUCAGAAAGAACUGUAUCCUCUCUUUUGCUCACACUCAUCAUUGGCAUGUGUUGUGUUCAUGCUCUGGAGAUGUCUACUGGUAAGGUUCCAUUUCUGGAUGCAGUGAACGGCAGCACAGUCCUUCUGCCCUGCACCUAUGCCAGCUGUAUUGGAAUCACUAACCUCUACUUCAAAUGGGAGUUCAAUAAUAAUGGCACCAUGCAGAAGAUGGCUGAUUCUGUAAUUCCAACGGAUAAUGUGGAACCAAAUAAAGUAAACAUUUACCGUGAGAGGGUGGAAUAUGUUGGCUCCAGUAAAGGAAAUAACAUCUCCAUCCUGCUUUGGAAUAUAACAUUUGAGGAUGCAGGCGUCUACAUCUGCUUUGGCAAAAACCCCAAAGAGAAGGGCAAGAAUCACAGCGCCAUUUUCACUCUACAUGUAGUAGAGGAACUAAGUGAGGUUGAUAACACACUCACCAUCAUCAUUGCUUCCUGUGUUGGUGGAUUCAUCGCUUUGUUAAUGGCCUUCAUGCUGCUAAAGAACUUCACUCUGUUCAUUCUCGCAAGGAUUGAGGAAAAAAAUAAGGAGUGCCUUGUCACCUCCUCAGGGAUUGAUAACACAGAGAACGGGGGUCUGUCGGGCUCCAAAUCUACACCAAAAAAAGCAUGACAGUGUGCAACCAAACAGAGUCACACAUGCAAGUGAAAACAUGGAUCAGCCAUCAAGCUGUGCCCUCUCUGUUAAUUUA